UAUAGAGCUCUGUCUUAUACAUGGGGAAAAGCAACGUCAGCGGACGACCUCCAAACAAUACGAGUCAACAACCAGGAAUAUUUUGUGCGACAGAAUCUGUUCGACUUUCUUGCUUCAGCAGCAGCUAGGAAAGAACAUGGGCUUUUCUUUGUUGAUGCCGUGUGCAUCAACCAGCUCGACUAUGACGAGCGACAAGCGCAAGUCCAAGCAAUGGGUUUGGUCUAUAGCCGCGCAACAUCCGUCAUUUCUUGGCUUGGA